AGUCUUUUAGGGAGCUCGUAUCGCCGGAAAAACUGAAAACCCCUACUUUCAAGCACGGUCCUUUCAUCGGCAUUCAUCUGCGAUAGUGUAGCGUUACACAUCCUUGCCGAUUUCUCAUUUAUGCUUCACUAUGCUUUUGUAGCUGCAUAUCUUACAGGUAGUGUGACGCAAUGCAGUGCUUUUCUCUGUGAUUGCCUAUUCAGGCUUGAGUUUGACUACAGUCCGAUACAGGUCAAUCACUGUAAGGGACAAGCAAUUCACUCAUCAUGGUAUGAUGGGGGAGUGCAGCAUAUUAUCUUCAGCUGUGCGUGCAGCUCAGGUGAUGGUUCCGAAGGACCGUUUUCCACGUACGAUGAGCCAUUCUCCCUGACGCGGAAGCAAACAAGUACCGGCUGUCAAGCCGAUAAAAUAUUAUAUCUCAGAAAGGUGUGAUGUUCCAAUAUCUGAUACAGGUUCAAUGACACUAGCAUACGUCCUUACCCUUGGAUGGUCAUUACGACCGGCUAUAGCUAUGUGACGGCUAGAAAAACAGGUACUACUUAUGUGCUGCAACCACACCGAUGUGACAAAUCAAUAUCAAGAGCAUCGUAUCAAAAGGAGAAGAGCCG